GGUACAUUCCACCGUCAUGUGAAAUCUUUUCCAUGGCCUUUCCAGCGGUUGAUAGUCUAUUCAAGAAUGGCCUUUUGGUGGAUGAGAUAGAUAUCUCGUUCAUCUGGCACUCAACAAGCUCCAGGUCGGCACCUCUGAUAUCUCUAUAGGAGCUCAUGCCAUUCUAUCAAGCAGUACCAGUAGCAGAACUAUUCCACGAUCGCCUGGAUUUUGACAGUGAUGAUUAUGAUCUGCACAAAUGCCAUUCCUUCAAAGCCGUGCUGUAUUCCGUUCAACCGCAAAAAUUAUUUCAUCCGCAUUCCAUAUAUAAUCGCGUCAACGCCCAGCAUUCCAUGAUCAUGGAACUUUGUAAAACCUCUGAUAUCUGCCGUUUCCUCUUUAUUUAUUUUUUCGCAAAAAGUAAUCCUCACCAUUGAUCGAUACUGAGCAAUAUACAAGAUGGCGUGCUGUCCUGUAAAUGCUUGUUAUCUUGCCGUAGCGACCAUAGCAGCAGCGCAGUGUCCGUUACUCAGGACUGUGGGCUCCCCUUUGCUCAACGGACUUGCCAGUGGUGUUUGUGCUGUGCUUGGAGGUUCUGGUGCUGUCGCAAAUGCUUGCGACUGUCUUAUCGGCACUAAUGCCCCAGGUGGAUGUGGUUCUGGAUGUAGCGGUACAGCCGGUCUCGGCAUAGGAUAUGCUCUCUACUCACCUCUUUCCGGUCUCUUGGGUGGAGUAGCAAAACUUGCAGGAGAAUCUGUAUGCCCAGGGACUACUGGAUACUAUUGUCCGUCUGGCCAAACUUGCAUAACAGGAACAGUAUCUGCGCCUUAUUGUUGCAAUGGUAGUAUGUUCUUUCCGACUGAAUUUCUAUUUCUUGAAUCUAACAUGAUCAAGGCACCGAUUGCUUUAAUCAGCUUAAUGCAUGCGCAGAUAGAUCAUGGGACCAAUAUCGCGUCACGAUCGGUGGCUUCAACAGCGAUUUCUGCUGUGGUAAUGGAACAAUUGGUGUAUACCGGAGCUCUAAUGCCGAUAGAGUUGGUAUCUGUGCGACGGCUCUUCCUGCAAUGUAUACCACUGCCAGUACUGUAACAUCGGGAGGUUGUUACUCCAGUACUGCUACCUCUAUUAUUGUUACACGAAGCACGAGUUCAAGCUCAAGUAUCUCUACAUCUCACUCAUCACUCAUCGGUCGUUCUUUAACAACAACUACAUCAGUAUCUACCUCGACUUCGACACGUGUAUCUUCUAAUUCUAAUUCGGUAUCUCACACGCUAUCUUCAACUGUCUCAGAAAGUACUUCAUCGACGAGCACAUCAUCUUCUAGCUCUGCUUCAACCAGUUUGUCUUCCGGGUCGUCCUCGUCCAGUAGUUCGAUAUUUUCAUCAAUUUCUUCAUCGACUAUAACUGCGAGUUCUUCAACCAUUGUGAACCAAAGCCCAUCCACCUCCAGCACGUCGACGGUAUCUUUCUCGUCUUUCACCUCUUUGGCGGGGGUGUCGCCAUCACUAUCACUAUCACAAUCUUCAUCAUCUAGUUCCAGUUCCUCAUCCCCCUUGAAAUUAUCCACGAGCACCGACCUUUCGACCUCUCUAUCGAACCAACAGGGAUCGAGCUCAGUUUCCACAAAAUCCUUGGAUACUACCACAUCCUCCUCUUUCAUUCCUUCAUAUGUACCUUCCGGCUCGAAUCCAGUUCAAACUUUCGACAGUACCUCGCUAUCAUCCUCCCAAUCUCUCCUAUUCUCUAGCCCUUCCUUCCUCUCCGAACUCCUCCCCACCCUCAUUAUCUCAGCAACAACCAGCAUCCUCCCCUCCCGCCUCUCCGAAGAAUCCUCAUCUUCAAUCGCCGUAGCCGUCUCCUCAAUCGUCAUACCAGCAACUAGUAUCUACUCAAUCUCAAAAUCUACAUCUUCAAAAUUUUCAGCCGUAAUGAGUAGUUUGCUUUUAUCAUCAACUUUUAUAGGACCUGUUACCGCUCAAUCUUCAACGAUUGGUGAAGCGGAAUCGACUAAUAGUACGACUACGGCGCUGCCCCUGGAGACUCUUUCUGAACCUUGUGAGGCUAGUAUGUGUUUGUUUAGUCGUGUUGUUCCUACUUCUCGUGAACUUUGAUUUUCUUUAUCUCGGGGAAUGUUGAGCUUUUGUCAGGAAGAAGCGGAGUAGGGUUGAUAGGGCUGGAGCUGAAAACUGUGUGCUGUAUUGGGCUUCGUGUGUGUUUCUCCAAUCUAUAUUCUUGCUCUCUGAAAUAAUUUCUUUCCUUUUGUCUUCUUGGAGUUUUUAUUAGAUAUAUAAAUUCAAAC